UAAAAAAAAACCGAAUGCAUGUUGUGUGGCAAAAAACACGCCAACAAUAAUAGACCGUGUUCUUUACGAUAAUUGUGAAUAAAAUUCGCUACAAAAAUGCAUCCAGAUCUGACCGAAAGAAUUCUACAACAUUUGGAAAAUGUCGAUAAAGUAGAUACUUUGGAUUUGGUGGAUGUCUUUGGUGUGGAUCACCAAAAGAUAGUGGGUGCUUUGAAAUCCAUACAAGCGCAUGGUGAGUUGGUCAAUGCGGAGACAACGUCACGCAAAUCCUUAGAAGUAACUGAAGAGGGUCAAUCGAUGGUGGCCAAUGGCAGUCAUGAGGCUGUUCUCUAUAAUGCCGUACCCACUGAAGGCAUCUUACAGGCUGAACUAAUGAAAAGUGGCCCCAACGCCAAGGUGGGCUUUAGCAAGGCCAUGUCGCAAGGUUGGAUAAUGGUAGAUAAAACUGUGAAUCCACCCUUGGUAAAGCGCAAGGUGGACAAAAUCGAGGACUCGGUACAACAGAAUCUGGUAGCCAUUGUCAAUGGAAAAACCGAUUUAGCUGCCAACUUGGUGACGGAAUACAAGAAACGUAAAUUGUUGCAGGAAAUCACCACCAAAAGCUUCAUUUUAUCCAAGGGACCCGAAUUUGCUACAACUCUUACAAAAUUGGAAACUGAUUUGACGGUUGAUAUGCUGGCUUCUGGUUUAUGGAAAGACUUGAAAUUCAAGUCCUACAAUUUUGAUGCUUUGGGUGCUCCUCCCACCAGAGGACAUUUGCAUCCUUUGCUUAAAGUACGCACUGAAUUUAGACAAAUCUUCUUGGAAAUGGGUUUCUCAGAAAUGCCCACCAACAACUAUGUGGAGUCGUCCUUCUGGAACUUUGAUGCUUUAUUCCAGCCCCAACAGCAUCCGGCACGUGAUGCUCACGACACCUUCUUCAUUAACAAUCCCGCAAAGAGUUAUAAAUUUCCCCAAGACUAUUUGCAACGUGUAAAAGAAGUACAUUCCAAUGGUGGUUAUGGUUCUCAGGGCUAUGGCUAUGACUGGAAAUUGGAGGAGGCCCAAAAGAAUCUAUUGCGUACACACACCACCGCAGUGAGUGCCCGCAUGCUGUACAAGUUGGCCAAUCAACCAGAAGGCUUUAAGCCCGCCAAAUAUUUCAGUAUCGACAAAGUCUUCCGCAAUGAAACUUUGGAUGCUACCCAUUUGGCUGAAUUCCAUCAAGUGGAGGGUGUUAUUGCUGAUGUGGGUCUAACACUGGGCGAUUUGAUUGGCACACUCUAUGAAUUCUUCCGUAAAUUGGGCAUCACUCAGUUGGAAUUUAAGCCAGCCUAUAAUCCCUACACCGAACCCAGUAUGGAGAUAUUCUGUUUCCAUCCCGGUCUAGACAAAUGGAUUGAGGUGGGCAAUUCGGGUGUAUUCCGCCCAGAAAUGUUGUUACCCAUGGGUUUGCCCGAAAACGUCAAUGUUAUAGCCUGGGGUUUGUCUUUGGAAAGACCCACGAUGAUUAAAUAUGGCAUUAAUAAUAUAAGAGAUCUGGUGGGACCGAAAGUUGAUUUGAAAAUGGUGGAAGAGGGUCCGAUUUGUCGUUUGGAAAAAGCUUAAAAAUAGUGUGCUUAAAAAACUAAUAGAUAUUUAUUAAAUUAAAAUGUGUGCGAAUAAGUCAAACUUAAAUUUGUGUUUUGAUUUUAGUUUUUCCUUUUUUCUAUUAAAUAAAAAUAUUAAAUAAUAAAAAA